CCUUAUAUAUUCCGCCAUCCAGAUUUGAACAUCAUUCCGAUCUUACUUUUUUAACUUCAUUUUCCGACCGCCGGCGACAAAUCGGAGAAAGUUACGGCGAAGAUCAUGGAGAAGCUUGCUUGGCUAACUGUUCUGGUUUUGUUUGCGCCGUUCACCGGCGUCGUUCUGGCUUACGAUGCGCCGGCUCCCUCCCCAAAGCCCACUAAAACUCCGCAUUCUCCGCCGCCGGUUCAUUCUCCGGCGGUUUCGCGGCCGAGCCACUCAGCGUCCCCGUCGAAGUCUCCGGCUGCUUCUCCGCCGGCGACCACUCCAACAAUUUCUCCGGCCUUGUCGACCCCGCCGGCAGCAUCGCCGGAAGCUCCGGCUGCGGCACCGGCUUCUUCUCCGGUGGCGAGUCCAGUGGGAAGUGAAGUUUCUCCGGUUUCGUCGCCGCCGUCUCCUCCGCCAUCGGUCGCUUCUCCGGUGAGUACUCCGGCGACUACUCCGGCUGGGUCUCCGCCAGAACCUGAAAUUCCGGCAAAUCCAAUCACGGGAGGAAGUCCGGUUGAGACACCGUCGAUAUUCCCUUCGAGCAGCAGCCCGCCAAUGUCGUCGCCGGGGAGCCUUGCGCCGGAAACUGCAGAGCGGCCGGGAAACGAUGCGUCGGCGUCGGAGUGGAAGUACAAGAUCGGGGCGGAGGUUAUUCUGAGUGGGAUCUCUAUUUGGGCCGCAUGGGCCUUCUGAAAUUGGGCCCAAAUGUUCAAUUUGGCAGCUGUUUUUUGAACAAUUAUUGGAAUUAAUUAUAUUCUUUUUCUUUCUGACAGAAUGCUGGGCCUCCUUUUAUUCAAUAUUUAUGUAUGAAUACAAUAUUUUUGUAUAAUGGCUAAAUGCACUAAAGUAACCAUAAUUUUAAGUU